AAAGCAGCUCAAAAUCCGAAUUGGUGUUGGCUUUCUCAUCUCUUUCUUUUUUCUCUGAGAACCAAGAGUCAUGGAGAGCUUAGGUUCUUCCUUACCGGUUCCAAACGUUCAAGAACUAGCGAAGGAAAACAUUUCCGCCGUUCCGGACAGAUACAUCCGCCCUGACCGAGAAGCAGCCAUUGUUAGCGGCAGCGAUGGGAUCCCAAACAUUCCCGUCAUUGAUUUUCAGUCCCUGUUUGAUGGGGAGUCUGCUCCGGCAGAGAGGGAGAGGCUUCACCGUGCUUGCAAGGAAUGGGGCUUGUUCCAGUUAAUAAACCAUGAAGUGAACACUGAAAUAGUUGACAAAAUGAAGGAAGAGACACAGGGAUUCUUUGCUAGUCCAUUUGAGGAGAAGAAAAGUCUUUCACAGGUCCCUGGUGAGAUUGAAGGCUAUGGACAAGCAUUUGUGGUAUCAAAUGAUCAAAAGCUUGAUUGGGCAGACAUGUUCUAUUUGGUAACUCAUCCAGUAUCUUUAAGAAAGCCACACAUAUGGCAAAUGCUCUCCACAUCAUUCAGGAGUGCUAUAGAGAAUUAUGCAAUUGAGACUCAGAAGCUCGUGAUAAAGAUAUUAGAGCUUAUGGCUAACAAUUUAGGGAUGAAGAAGGAAGAACUCCAUGAGAGUUUUGAAGAUGGCAUGCAAGCGAUGAGAAUGAACUAUUAUCCACCAUGUCCUCAACCAGAAUUGGUCAUAGGCCUUUCUCCACAUUCUGAUGGUAUAGGUCUUACACUGUUGCUUCAACUAAGUGAUGUGCAGGGGCUGCAAGUAAAAAAGGAUGGAGAAUGGAUUCCGGUUUCACUACUACAAAAUGCAUUUGUAGUUAAUAUUGGAGACAUUAUGGAGAUUAUAAGCAAUGGUGUAUAUUGUAGUGUCGAACACAGGGCUGUUGUCAGUCAUGAUGCAGAAAGAAUGUCCAUUGCUACCUUCUUCAGUCCUAAUAUGAACGUGGAGUUUGGUCCUGCACCAAGCCUCAUAACCCCUGAAACUCCUCCACUGUUUAAAAGAGUUGGGACAGCUGAAUUUUUCAAAAAUCUUUUUACACGUAAAUUGCAGGGGAGAGCAUAUAUAGAUGAUCUGCGGAUUGAGAAGAGAAAUGAAUGAAGCAAAGAAUGGAUGUCCUAAGUGAAACUUCAUGCCAAAGUGUUAACUUUGUUUAAGUGAUUAAUAUGUCAUAUGUCACAAAAAUAAAAUGUUGGAUGUGUAGCUUGUACGUCCACUUUGGACUUUUAGUAUAUGAGAAUAUAUGUGCACGUGAUCCAAAAUGAUACUAGCAUUUCUUGUGGUCAGUGUUUGGUGGGACAAUAUACUCCAUGCUAUAUUUGUAAACAACAUAUUAUUUGAGCUUAA